GAAACGGCGUGGGAACUUUUGUUCCUACUUUGGAUUUGUUUUUUCUCCAAAAAUGAUCACAUUCAAUUAUUGAUCUGACAUUCCAAUAUUUUACUUACAAGUCUUCCCCUCCAAUACUAUGCAACGACGCUUCCGAACGACUUUCUCAAGAGGACAAUUGUGUGAACUAGAGGGCGCUUUUCUGCAGACACGAUACCCGGAUGUAUUCCAGAGAGAAAUGCUUGCUAUGAAACUGUGUUUGACGGAAUCCCGGGUACAGGUUUGGUUCCAAAAUAGGAGGGCAAAGUGGAGAAAGGAAUUAAAAUUAAGGAGUGCUACAAACAACUGUAAAGACAAUUCAAAUUUAACUGCAUCUAAGCAAACAUAUGGCAAUACAUUUCUGGACUCUUCAGAGAGAAUCCGGGAUCUGCAUGCGUCUUCAGAAACAAACUUUCCCAGCAUGCCGUACCACAUGAUAUCAUCUUUAUACCCCUGCCCCUUGCCUGCAGAAUUUGAAAACCGUUAUGGAACAUCCACGCUACCAUCUGUAGACGAGGAGCGGAAUUUCACAGUCUUGAAUUAAAUUUUAUAACAUUUAGAUCCGAUGUGAAUAUUUUGUGAAAUUUGGAUUUUCAUUGUGCUUUUUAUUAAACAGAAAAGAAAAUGUACAUGUUACUCUA